CUCUAGUUCUGCAGUAUUGGAGCUGUCUGUAGGGGCGAAGACCGAACGGAGCUACUUUGUAAUUAUGCGCCAGUUACUGAGACACAUAACGACUGUAGGUGACGGUGAAAUUGUGAUAUCGGAGGCACAGUGAGAGCUGAAAGAGUAAGAAAGAUGCAGAAGCUGCCUUUUUAGAUAUUCAAUACAAGAGCGUCAGCCAGUCGGUUGGCUCAGGGAGUUUGGAUUAAGGAUUACCUUUCUCCUAAAUGCUUCUCUACUAAAGGCCCUGGAAACAAAAUAAAUUGUUUCUCUGGCAUAAGGAAGGGGUGAGUAAAAACUUGUUUCAAGCGUUUUGGAGUAAUGUUCCUGGGAAAAGCAUCCUGAUGCUGAUGUUCCAUUGGAGCGAAUGAGAGAAACUGAUUUGGAUAUACUGUAGAACUGCAGUAGCUGUGUGAGAUUGAUACUGUACCACCGGUACCGUGUCUCCCUGUUCAAGAAUGAGCUCCUUAACGGUGCUCAAAGAGCGCAGAGCAACACUCGUGGAUGAACUCGAAGAUCACAUUGACGGCCUUCUGGAGGAGAUGGUUUUGAAGCAGGCAUUUACCAGGGACGACCGCGAGGACGUGCUCUGUGAGCUGGGGCCUCGAAAGAGAAUCCGCAAGCUUCUGGACAUCAUCGACUGCAAAGGCGAAGAAGUUGCCGGCAUGUUCCUCUUGACAUACAACAAACUCUAUGAGCUCAAGACAGAAGCCGCGGCUGAGCCGAAGAAGGAAGCUCGGGAUGAGGAGUACAGUAAAAUAAUACAAAAACACAAACAAGUCCUUAAGCGCCGGAAUGAAAGCAUGCUGUAUUAUAACUCACGGCAUGGCGAGAAAAUCUUGUUUUCUGAGCAUUUUGUCAAUCUUCUGAUUGUGAAUGGACACCACAGCAUUGAAAAUAAAAAGCAUGAACUUCUUGCCUUUGGACAGCAACGGAUUCACUUGCAACAUCAUUCAGUGGAGCAGAGGCUGAUUAACGCAGCACAGCUGUUCUUCACGAAUGGUGUGAGACCUGUAAAGAAAAUUCUGAUAACGGGGGUCGCUGGAAUAGGGAAGACGGUCUUGGUCCAGAAGAUAUUAUGUGACGUUGGAAAUAACCAGGGGUAUUUCGCUUUUGACUUUGUGAUUCAUUUGACUUUCAGAGACCUUAACAUGAUCAGCAAGCCAAUCAGUUUGAGGGAUUUGAUUCUGCGUAAAAAUGGACACCUGACCAAAAUGUUGGACGAUAUAUUAUCCAACGAUGACAAGCUGUUGAUCAUUCUGGAUGGCUUUGAUGAGUUUAAACAUUAUAAGGAAUGUGACAUUGAGGAAUAUGUUACUGAGCAUGACCAACCAGGAGAUGUGGUGCAUAUAUUUGCCAGCUUAAUGCAAGGAGAGCUUCUUCCAGGGGCAUCAGUCCUGCUUACUAGCAGACCUACAGCCAUAAGUUACGUUCCCAUUGACUGCAUUGACCGCUUUGUAGUUGUCAUCGGCUUCUCAGUGAAUGAAAUAAACGACUUUUUUCUAAAGUACUUUCAGAAUGAAGAGUUAGCACUGACGAUGCUUAAUAUGGCAAAGGCAAAUGACCUGAUGUUCACCUUGUGUUACAUACCGGCCUUCUGCUAUAUCAUAUGUAGCAUUUUGAAAGAAAGCAAAGGGCUCACAAGUGAAAGCCCCAAAACCAUGACUGACAUUUAUGUGCAAUAUCUGGUUGUUUUGCUGAAGUCUCACACUCAGUGCAGGACAGUAACCGCUUGCCGCAGCAGCUCAGGAAACAUGGAGGAAAUUACGGAGACUGUUGUUCUCCUAGGUCGCCUGGCUUACGUUAAAGUGCUGCAGCACGAAACCCUCUUCUAUGGUAAUGACUCUGAAGUGCAGCAGUUGGCUGGCAGCGAUUUUGUGAGUACGUUUCUCGAUAAAACCUCAGUUCAAGAGCCCUACUGCACAGUGGAUAUUUAUUCCUUCACACACUUAACUGUCCAGGAGUUUUUUGCCGCUCUGUAUUAUGUGCUGGUUGAAAAGCCUGACCCAGACGUCCGUGAUUCUGAGGUCUGUCAUCAACAAGGGAUGAGUGCAGGAUACCUGGACCUGUUCAAUAGAUUUCUUUCUGGACUGCUUUCCCAACGAAACCAAAGUCUUCUCGCCAGGCAUAUACAGUUAAGGGGAAAGAGCAAAUCAGAAUUCUAUGUCCCCUGGCUGUUAGAUGAAAUCAGAACGCUCUGUGAGACUGGAGCUAACAUUUUAAAUCACCUGCAUUGUUUUUUUGAGCAACAGAACAGCUCGCUGGCAAAGAACAUCCAUCCCAAGGUGUUGCGGGUGAAUGUAAGUGAUGAUCCCCUUUCUCCAAUGGACUUCGGUGUGGUGAAAUAUUUCUUAAACCUUGUGAGUGGAAACAUAGCAGAAUUAGAUUUAACCGCAACAAACAUUACUACAGAGUCUCUUAGGGAUCUACAGCCCCUCUUGUACAGAUGUGAAAAGCUCUGGCUUGGAGACAACAAGCUAGAUGUGGAGGCUAUGCAAGUACUUGCUGAAGUUCUGUGUUCUACACAGAAUAUGCAGUACUUGGGUCUUGGAUGGACAGAUAUUGGCAAUGAGGAGUUAAUGGUUCUCUUUGAGGCUCUGAAUGAAAACCGAUCUCUGAGGGAGUUAUGGAUUGAAGGAAAUCGAGUCAGCUACAAAGGCCUUUCAGCAUUUAGUGAGUUAAAUCCAGCUACCUCUUUGCUACAAACAGUCGUCGCAGUUUGGAAUGAAGUGGACAAAGAAGAAGAGGACAAACUGAGGAGCAUCUCUCCUGAAAGAUUCUUUGUCAUCAGCUUCACAGAUGAUGCAUUUUGGCAAGAGUGGGGCAAAUGGGUUCUACAGAGGUGUGAAGUGAACAGUGAUGAGAAACUUGUGAACUUUCUUUGUAAAGUCUGUAAUGUUUCCAUUCUAAACCUGGAAAUAUGUUGGGUACAGCAGUGGUACACAAAGUUGAAACACCUGGUCAGAUCCAGAAUUGCUCAGUGCAAUGAUGACAGUAUCCGAAAAAAACUAGAAAAGUUUGAAACAAUUUUAACCUUUUGAUUUACAGAUCAAAUAUAGUAAAAAGCAAAAUGAUAUGCAAGGCUCAGAAAGUGCACAUCACAUUUGAACAAUUAAACAAAUAAAUCCCUACAUACUGUAUAGUACUUUGUUCCCUGUAUUGUCAUAUUCUGGGAAAGUAUUUUUUUUCUUUUUCAGUCUAGUGUGAAUAUAUUUCUAAGAUGGUAUCCACCCUAACCAAACUUCAUACUGUGUAUGGCUUUAAAUAAUUGAAUACCAGUCUUUGUCUGUUUAAAAGUUUAAACUAAAUACUUUCAGACUCUUUAUCUUCUGGUAAAUAAGCAAAGAAGAUCCAAGUUAAU